AUGAAUGAAUUGACCUGUAUCCCCCUUCACCCUCCUGUGUGUGUUUCAGAUCACUUCACCCAGGUGCUGCACUGUGAACACGAGUGUGUGAGAGACCUGUCUACCCGGCCCGGCCGUCUGUCUCCCAUGGAGAACUACCUGCCUCUACACUACGACUACCUGCAGUUUGCCUACUUCCAGUGUGAGUAACAUUACCUUACUGCACCAUACUGAACUUUACUCAACCCUACUGCACCUUACUCUACCUCUACACUAUGACUACCUGUAAUUCGCCUACUUCCAGCGUGAGUAACAUUACCUUACUUCACCAUACUGAACUUUACUCAACCCUACUGCACCUUACUCUACCUCUACACCAGUGCUUCUCAAUUAUUUUCUGUUACGCCCCCCCUAGGAAGAAGUAAACAUUUCGCGCCCCCCAACUCUCCGCUGCGACUGUAAAUAGUAUCAUUUGUCUAUAAAAUUGUUAUAAGUACACCUCUGCAUAACAUUGUAUCCUUAUUAACAUUAAAUAUAGAUCAACUUACAACAAAGAAUAACUUUAUUAACAUUGUUUUUUAGUCUGUAACAGAAAAUACUUAAAGUGCAUCAAUUUGCCUGAAAUUAAAAAAUAAUUCAAACCUUAUUUAAACUGUAAACAUUUUUUGACCAUUUGAUACUGAAAAAUUAAAUUAAAUAUAAUCAAUAAAUAAUAAUAAAUUCAAAUUGAUCAGCAACAUUAACUCAGGAGCACAAUAUAUGAAACACUUUGACCUAUAAAACAAAAAUGAAUAAAACAAUUUGUGCUGAUUUUUUAAAAAUCAAAAUGAGGAAGUCAGGAUUAAUGGCUACAAUGAGCACGUUUUGCAGUGCACAGCUUUUCGAAGCGGGGUUUGAAGCAUGAUACUGCAACUCUCAGCUCCUGCUCAAUGUUUAGCUGGGACCUGUACUUGGUCUUCAGUGCAGCAACAGCAGAGAAGCCAGUCUCACAAAGAUAAGAUGUUGCAAAAGGAAGAAGAAUGCCCAUGGCCCUCUGCCCUAAGAGUGGAUACUGCCUCUCUACACUCAGCCAGAAUUCACUCAGUGUCUGUGAUGUGAACCUCAGUCUCAAUGUGGAGUCAGACGUCAUAUCAAUGAACUGGUCCUCCUCUGCAGAGCUGAAACCAGUUGGAGCUGGUGCAUUGAAAGGAUCUCUCACCCAGUCAUAUUGGGAACUGUUUUCAGGGAAGUACUUUUUAAAGAAUCCCAUCAGUGAUGAAAUAUGCUCCUUAAUAUAUGGAAUCACUGAGGUGGCAUCAUAGUCAGUAGUGUUGGGUUCUAUUUUUCUCAUAAUUGGAUCUGUAUGUGAUGAAUAACUUAGAAGGAAUGCAUUAAUGAUAAGCAUAGGUUUGUACUAUACUGAUAUAAAUUGUUUCACAUAACAGGCUGUGAUUCAUGUAAGGAACGUUAGGGGGUAGGACAGAUAAGACUUGUAUUUCUUACAGAUACGAACACUCUCUCUUUGUUGUCUGUGAAACCGUCCUUGAACGUAGGUACAUAGAGUACAGAUUGGAAGGGUGUCUUUUGGGUGCUGACUCUACAGGUUAUUAUGAUAGCAACUUAUGCCUGGGAACGGUGGAGCGCCAAGGGAUUGGGACUAACCCGUGCGCCAACGGAUUGGCUGAGUAAAGUCUAAACCACACUCAGUCCUUUACUCUGAUUGGCCAACAGAAGAGGUGGGAACUCUCUGUCAGAGUAUUUGAGAAAGAACCUGUAAACAAUGGUUUAGUUCUCUGUCUGCCCUGCGUGGUAUUUCAGUGAGCCCGUAUACAAACCAACAUACUUAUCAUACAUACAUUUUGCAUAUAAUAAAUUUAGCUUGGAUUGAAUAUCUCUUGAUUAUGUUUUCUCUUAUUCCAAUACCAGAUUUGAAUUACGCAAUUUCUAACAGUAGUGUCAACAAAUUCAUGCAGGUUCUCGAAUGAAUCAGUAUGUCCUUCAUCAAGUCGCCUGCCCCACAUUGCAAGCUUUCGAGUGAAAGAGCUGACCUUGUCUGUGACCUGAGGGAGGUGUUUAUCUUUCCCUUGAAGCUGUAGAUUUAGUUCAUUUAGCUUUCCAAAUAUGUCACUCAGGUAGGCCAGUUUUGCCAGGAAGUUCUCAUCACUAAAUUUUUCUGCGAGGUCAUACUUGUGCUCCUGCUCCGAAAACAUUCUUAUCUGCUCUCUGAGCUCAAAAACUCGGGACAAGACUUUUCCUCGUGACAGCCACCUUGCUUCACUGUGAAACAGCACAGCUUGAUGUUCAGCUCCCAUCUCCUCACAGAUAGCAGAGAAGACUCUUGUUUUUAGUGGUCUGGUCUUUAUAAAAUUGACUACACCUACAAUGUCAGUCAUAACCUCACUUAAUUCAGAGGAAAGGUGCCUUGAAGCCAGUGCUUCUCUGUGUAUAACACAGUGUGUCCACUCAGCAUUAGGUGAGGCCUUCUUGAUGAGUGCCCGAAGUCCUUUUCUCAUCCCUGCCAUGGUCUGUGCACCAUCACUGCAAACACCAAUGCAGUUCUCCCACUUUAGCCCAUUCUUAGUCAGGGCAGUAUCAGCUCCUCUGCUAUGGAGUGGGGUUUUUUGCACUGAGCAAUUUGGUACGCCACCUUAUAUGAUGCUAACAGUGCUCGCUGGUUUACUGAAGUAGCAUUCACAAAGCGGGACGAUUGUUGGCAAUAUUCGGCACGUUUUCGCUGAAAAAACUCAAGCGGCUUAUCAGCGUGAUUGGGGUGUAAUGUCUUUAAGUGACGCCUUAAUUUAUUUGGCUUCAUGCUGUCCGCUGCCAACAUUUUUAGACACAGUUAACAUACCGGUCUUUCCUCGUCUCCCACCGUAGUCACAGUGAAGCCAAGCGCUACAUACGCUUCGUCAUAUUUCCUCGUCUUAGCUUUCGGGAGACUUACGUUUGUCUCAUUAUCUCCGUCUCUCUCCGCCUUUCUUUUCAUCCCUGUUAAAUAUUUUUCCAUGGUGUCUCUUAAGGGUUUGUUAUCUGCACUUCAUAUCUCCUGCUCUGUGCUGUGUGCUCUUGUUCGGUGCAAAAAAACCAUACUCCCUGGGGGGAAAAAAGCACGUUCCACAGGGUCACACGCACCCCCCCUGGCAUUGCUCCGAGCCCCACCAGGGGGGGCGCGCCCCACUAUUUGAGAAGGACUGCUCUACACUAUGACUACCUGUAAUUCGCCUACUUCCUGAGUGAGUAACGUUACCUUAGUGCACCUUACUCUACCUUACAUUACCUCUAACUAUGGCUGCGUCCCAAAUGGCACCCUUUGGACCCUGGUCAAAAGUAGUGCGCUAUAUAGGAACUAGAGUGUCAUUUGGGACAUACAUUACUACGAUUACCUGAGGUUGGCCUACUUCCAGCAUGAGUAUACCUUACUGCACCUUACUUGACCCUGCUUGCAGACAGGGUGUGGUGUUCAGACUACAGGGAUGGCAGGCUUUUGCUGAUUGACUAACACACCCAUAUCAAAUUAUCUUUAAUUAGAUAAGUAUUCACCUGCUGACUCACACAGAGAGCUGGGAAACGCCCGGUCACAGACAUUUGAAAAAGCCCUCAAAGACAGGAAGUUAUAAAGAGCUGUGGAGAAAGACUAGGAACUGUAUUCAUAAAGCUUCUCAGAGUAAGAGUGCUGAUCUACGAUCAGUUUUGCCUUUUAGAUUGUAAUGAAUGGACAGCGCUCCCUAGUCUGGGACGCUUUGUGAAUACAGGCCUACACAAUCAGCACCCAACAGACCAGGACCACACCUCAAUAGGGAAGCACACGCUGUUCACCUCAAACUCAUUCAGAAACAUUUAUCCAUUAUCUGGUGUCCAUAUGUAAAACUGUAAGUCGCUUUCGAUAAAAACGUCUGCUAAAUGGCAUACAUUAUAUUAUAAAAGGCCGCCAGCCUUUGUCUUCAUCUCAAAUGACACCCUAUUCCCUAUAUAGUGCACUACUUUUGACCAGGGGAAAUAGGGGGCCUGAAUAGGGAAUAGGGGGCCAUUUGAGACAGUCUGUGUAGUCUGGGCUGAUUGGGGAUCAGACGUUAGAGGGAGAGAGAGACGGGUUGGCAGGACAGGACACCAUGGAGAUCAGAUGUUAGAGAGAUGGGUUGGCAGGUCAACACAGCAUGGAGAUCAGAUGUUAGAGAGAUGGGUUGGCAGGACAACACAGCAUGGAGAUCAGAUGUUAGAGAAAUUGGUUGGCAGGACAGUACAGCAUGGAGACGACAGUGCAGCAUGGAGAUCAGAUGUUAGAGAUGGGUUGGCAGGACAGGACAUCAUGGGGAGGACAGCACAGCAUAGAGAUCAGACGUUAGAGAGAUGGGUUGGCAGAACAGCACAGCAUGGGGAUCAGACGUUAUAGAGAUGGGUUGGCAGGACAACACAGCAUGGAGAUCAGAUGUUAGAGAGAUGGGUUGUCAGGACAACACACCAUGGAGAUCAGACGUUAGAGAGAUGGGUUGUCAGGACAGCACAGCAUGGAGAUCAGACGUUAGAGAGAUGGGUUGUCAGGACAACACAGCAUGGAGAUCAGACGUUAGAGAGAUGGGUUGUCAGGACAACACAGCAUGGAGAUCAGACGUUAUAGAGAUGGGUUGUCAGGACAGCACAGCAUGGAGAUCAGACGUUAGAGAGAUGGGUUGUCAGGACAUCACAGCAUGGAGAUCAGACGUUAGAGAGAUGGGUUGUCAGGACAACACAGCAUGGAGAUCAGACGUUAGAGAGAUGGGUUGUCAGGACAGUACAGCAUGGAGAUCAGACGUUAGAGAGAUGGGUUGUCAGGACAGUACAGCAUGGGGAGAGGAGGGAAAAGAUGAUGUGAUGAAUACUUAUGAGGUCAUCAGAUCAUGUCUAAUUCCCCUGCACCAUAUGUCUAAUAAACCAAGUGGAUCAUGGGAUUCUAGGAAAAACAAAGAGCUCAUUGAAUCAUUCACAGCAGCUGCACUUACUGUGUCUUCAUCUCAAAUCAAAUUCAAUCAAAUCAAAUGUUAUUUGUCACAUGUGGGGGAAAAAAAUGGAAAAAAAGAUGAUUAAAUUACAAAAAAUUUGAAAAUAACAAAUAAUUAAAGAGCAGCAGUAAAAUAACAGUAGCGAUGUUAUAUACAGGGGGUACCGGGACAGAGUCAAUGUGCGGGGCACAGGUUAGUCGAGGUAAUUGAGGUAAUAUGUACAUGUGGGUAGAGUUAAAGUGACUAUGCAUAGAUAAUAAACAGAGAGUAGCAGCAGCGAAAAAGUCCGGGUAGCCAUUUGAUUAGCUGUUCAGGAGUUUAUGGUUUGGGGGUAGAAGCUGUUAAAAAGCCUUUUGGACCUAGACUUGGCGCUCCGGUACCGCUUGAAGUGCGGUAGCAGAGAGAACAGUCUAUGACUAGGGUGGCUGGACUCUUUGACAAUUUUUAGGGCCUUCCUCUGACACCGCCUGGUAUAGAGGUCCUGGAUGGCAGGAAGCUUGGCACCCAGUGAUGUACUGGGCCGUACGCACUACCCUCUGUAGUGCCUUAUGGUCGGAGGCCGAGCAGUUGCCAUACCAGGCGGUAUUGCAACCAGUCAGGAUGCUCUCGAUGGUGCAGCUGUAUAACUUUUUGAGGAUCUGAGGACCCAUGCCAAAUCUUUUCAGUCUCCUGAGGGGGAAUAGGCUUUGUCGUGCCCUCUUCAUGACUGUCUUGGUGUGUUUAGACCAUGAUAGUUUGUUGGUGAUGUGGAUACCUAGGAACUUGAAGUUCUCAACCUGCUUCACUACAUCCCCGUCGAUGAGAAUGGGGGUGUGCUCGGUCUGUCUUUUCCUAUAGUCCACAAUCAUCUCCUUUGUCUUGAUCACGUUGAGGGAGAGGUUGUUAUCCUGGCACCACACGGCCAGGUCUCUGACCUCCUCCCUAUAGGCUGUCUCAUCGUUGUCGGUGAUCAGGCCUACCACUGUUGUGUCGUCGGCAAACUUAAUGAUGGUGUUGGAGUCGUGACUGGCCAUGCAGUCAUGGGUGAACAGGGAGUAGAGGAGGGGACUGAGCACGCACCCCUGAGGGGCCCCCGUGUUGAGGAUCAGCGUGGCAGAUGUGUUGUUACCUAUCCUUAUGCACCCUAUUCCCUAUAUAGUGCACUACUUUUGACCUACUUUAGACUUUUUUGAUAGUAGUGCACUACCGUAUAUAAGGAACAUAGUACCAUUUGGGACACAUUUGUAUGUCAAUGCUGAGUCUUGUAGCAGUCUGGACUUUCGAGGUAAGGGAUAGCUUUUCCGUCAGGCCUUGUGACCCUUUGCGAUCGUAUGGGGUUUAAGUUUAAAGUAUAUGUCCAACUUUUAAAUGGGAGAGAGAGGUAAAGAGAGAGAGAACCAGAUUGAGAAAAAAGAGCAAGAAAGAUAGUCUUAAAUGUUCCAAAAUGUAUUUUCUUGUCUAUUGUUGCAAUACAAAUAAAUGUUUUAUGUCAUGCCAAUAAACAUUUUGAAAUUGAUAAAAUGGAAAUUGAGAGAGAGAGAGGGGGAGAGAAUGUGCAGUCAUUCAUCAAGUCUCUAAUCGCAUGUUAAAUGUCAAGUCUCCCCCUCACUCAGCAGCCUCUCAUUGCUCUGCGGGAAGCUGUUUCCUCAAUGAUCCGUGUGGUGACAUUGUUGUUUUUAUGGCCUGAAAGCCCCUAACUGUUUACGACCUGGGAACCAGGGGAACCUGAGGAGACGUGCUGACCACAGAAACACUCGCUGCCUCUGCCCCUCCAAGAAAUGGUUUGAGAGCCACGCUGCUUUACAAGCUAGUAAAGCGCACGUGUCGGGGUGUGUGUGUGGGUGUGGGUGGGGGGUGUACAGUGUGUGUGUGUGCGUGCGCAGCAUGUCACUACUCGCUGUAAGACCUUUAGAGACAGGAGAUAUACUGCACAUCCUCCUCACACCCCGUCAGUCCGACCAGCCAUCCUCCCCAGUCCCAGUCAGUCCGACCAGCCAUCCUCCCCAGUCCCAGUCAGUCCGACCAGCCAUCCUCCACAGUCCCAGUCAGUCCGACCAGCCAUCCUCCCAGUCCAGAGUACGACCCCUCCACAGUCCCAGUCAGUCCGACCAGCCAUCCUCCCCAGUCCCAGUCAGUCCGACCAGCCAUCCUCCCCAGUCCCAGUCAGUCCGACCAGCCAUCCUCCCCAGUCCCAGUCAGUCCGACCAGCCAUCCUCCCCAGUCCCAGUCAGUCCGACCAGCCAUCCUCCCCAGUCCCAGUCAGUCCGACCAGCCAUCCUCCCCAGUCCCAGUCAGUCCGACCAGCCAUCCUCCCCAGUCCCAGUCAGUCCGACCAGCCAUCCUCCCCAGUCCCAGUUGUCCCCUGGAGCAGCAAUGUGUCUGUGUUUCCACUAUCUCACCCAGCCUCUGACUGCCUCACUGCUCUAGUGCUGCUGCUGCUGCUUGCUCCAGUGUGCUCAUGGUCCUGGAAUGUUCAGUCGCGCUAGACUUCCAAAAGCUCCAGACACACAACUCAUCCAGACCUAGGGGGCUUUAUUAACAUGUGGAUCUGUCUGUGCUGACCUGUAUGAGUGGAAAACUCUUCCUCAACAGUGCAGAAUAAGUGUAAAGUAGCAAAACUGUGAAUAGUGCGCAGUCUUACAGGGUAGUUCAGGGAGGGUGACUGAGGUGUGAUGACAGGUAAUCUUGUUCAGACAGGGACACCUAAUUAUAUUUAUAAUUUCUCUCUCUUUCUCUUUCUCUCUCUCUUUGUUCAUCUCGCUCUCUUUUUCUCUCACUCUCUAACCCCUUCUUUCAAUUCCAUUUUCAAUUCCCAGCUUUAUUGGCACAGUAGGAAAAAGCCAAUGUCGCCAAAGCAACACAACACAGCAAUAUCAAUGUCUACCUGAUAAUAUGCACUUUCUCUCACUGUCUCUCCAGUCAAUUUCAAUAUUCAAUACUGUUUUCAAUUCAAACAAGCUUUAUCGACACAAGAACAUCACAACGUUGCCAAACAAUACAAUAGAACAAAACACUACUGUCCAUUUCAUAACGUCUUCUUUCUCUCUGUGUGUCUCCAGUGAACAUGGUGGAGGAGGCGUUGGCGUGUGCCCAGUCCUACCUGCUGUUCCACGAGGGGGAGGAGUUUAUGACAGAGAACGUGGAGUACUAUAGAGAUGCUAUAGGUCACGACGUCAAACCCCGGGUGGUAAGACCUUGGCUCGUCCAAAAUGGCACCCUAUUCGUUGUACGUCUCUUUCUCUCGCUCUCUCCCUCUCCCGCUCUCUCUCGUUAUCUCUCUCUCGCUAUCUCUCUCUCCUCUCUCUCUCUCCUCCUCUCUCUCCUUCUCUCUCUCCUUCUCUGUCUCUCUCUCUCUCCCUCCUUCCCCCCUCUCUCUCUCCAUUCUCUCUCUCCAUCUCUCUCUCUCUCUCUCUGUCUCUCUCUCUGUCUCUCUCUCUCUCUCUCUCUCGCGCUCUCUCUCUCUGUCUCUUUCUCUCGCUCUGUCUCUCUCCAUCUCUCUCUCUCUCUCUCUCUCCCGCUCUCUCUCUUUCUCUUUCUCUCUCGCUCUCUCCCGCUCCCGCUCUCUCCCUCUCAAUUCAAUUUCAAUUUCAAUUUAAGUGCUCUAUUGGCAUGGGAAACAUAUGUUUACAUUGCCAAAGCAAGUGAAAUAGAUAAUUAACAAAAGUGAAAUAAACAAUAAAAAAAUGUAAUAUUAUAUAUAUAUAUAUAUAUAUACAGUGUUGUAACGAUGUGCAAAUAGUUAAAAUAAAAAAGGGAAAAUAAAUCAACAUAAAUAUUGGUUUUAUUUACAAUGGUGUUUGUUCUUCACUGGUUGCCCUUUUCUUGUGGCAACAGGUCAUAAAUCUUGCUGCUGUGAUGGCACACUGUGGUAUUUCACCCAAAAGAUAUGGGAGUUUAUCAAAAUUUCAUUUGUUUUCGAAUUCUCUGUGGAAUCUGAGGGAAAUAUGUCUCUCUAAUAUGGUCAUACAUUUGGCAGGAGGUUAGGAAGUGGAGCUCAGUUUCCACCUCAUUUUGUGGGCAGUGUGUACAUAGCCUGUCAUCUCUUGAGAGCCAGGUCUGCCUACGGCGGCCUUUCUCAAUAGCAAGGCUAUGCUCACUGAGUCUACAUAGUCAAAGCUUUCCUUACGUUUGGGUCAGUCACAGUGGUCAGGUAUUCUGCCACUGUGUACUCUCUAUUUAAGGCCAAAUAGCAUUCUAGUUUGCUCUGUUUUUAAAAAUAAUUCUAUCCAAUGUGUCAAGUAAUUCUCUUUUUGUUUCUCAUGAUUUGGUUGGAUCUAAUUGUGUUGCUGUCCUGGGGCUCUGUGGGGUCUGUUUGUGUUUGUGAACAGAGCCCAAGGACCAGCUUGUUUAGGGGACUCUUCUCCAGGUUCAUCUCUCUGUAGCUGAUGGCUUUGUUAUGGAAGGUUUGGGAAUGGCUUCCUUUUAGGUGGUUGUAGAAUUUAACGGCUCUUUUCUGGAUUUUGAUAAUUCUGCUCUGCAUGCAUUAUUUGGUGUUUUACGUUGUACAUCUCUUUCUCUCGCUCUCUCCCUCUCCCGCUCUCUCUCGUUAUCUCUCUCUCGCUAUCUCUCUCUCCUCUCUCUCUCCUCCUCUCUCUCCUUCUCUCUCUCUCUCCUUCUCUCUCUCCUUCUCUGUCUCUCUCUCUCCCUCCUUCCCCCCUCUCUCUCUCUCCAUCUCUCUCUCUCCAUCUCUCUCCAUCUCUCUCUCUCCGUCUCUCUCUCCUCUCUCGCUCUCGCUCUCCGCUGUCUCUCUCUAUCUCUCUCUGUCUCUGUCUUUCUCCCUCUCGCUCUCCUGCUCUCACCCUCUCUCUCUCUCUCCCUGUCUCUCUCUGUCUCUCUGUCUCCCUGUCUGUCUGUCUCUGUCUUUCUCUCUCUCGCUCUCCUGCUCUCACCCUCUCUCUCUCUCUACCUGUCUCUCUCUGUCUCUCUGUCUCCCUGUUCUCUGUCUCUUGUCUCUGUCUUCUUCUCUCCUUCGCUUCUCCUGCUUCACCCCUCUCUCUCUGUCUCUCUCUCUCUCUCUGUCUCUCUGUCCUCUCGUCCUCUCUGUCCUCGUUCUCUCUCUGUCAUCUCUCUCUCCUCUCUCUUCUCUCUCUCUCCUCUUUCUCAUCUCUCUAUCUCUCUCUCUCCUCUUCUCUCUCUCUCUCCUCUCUCUCCUCUCUCGCUCUUCUCUCUCUUCGUCUCUCUCUCUCUCUCUCUUCUCUCUCUCUGUCGUCUCUCCCUCUCCUCUCUGUCUCUCUUGCUCUUCUCUCUCUGUCUCUCUCUCUGUCUGUCUCUGUCUUUCUCUCUCUCGCUCUCCUGCUCUCACCCUCUCUCUGUCUCGAUCUCCUUCUCUCCCUCUUUUUCUCUCAUCUCUCCCUCCCUCUCCCCCCUUCUUCUCUCUCUUACUCGUCUCACUCUCUCCCUCCUUCCCCCUCUCUCUCUCCCGCUCUCUUUCUCUCGUUUCACUCUCCCUCCCUCUCACUCACUCUCUCUCCCGCUCUCUCUCUCUCUCUCUCCCUCCCUCCCUCCCUCUCUCUAUUUCUCUAUCUGUCUCUAUUUCCCUCUCUCUCUUUCUCUCCCUCUCUCUCUCUGAGGACUCGGGGACCUCAUUUAGUCAGCAUAGAGCAGUAGAGAGCCGUGGUCUGCCGUCCUGCCAAAUAGACCUUUCAGCAACAGGGAAAUCAUGUCCCAAUGCCCACAUAAACUCACUGAAACAAUGUAGGAGCUGUUUGCAUGACGGGUGAAAAUAGGAUUUUUCUGGCCACCACAAACGCUACUGGCUGCUCGGGUUUCAAAACAUAGCGUCGCUCCUUUUCGUCUAUUGCAGAUCGUCUUUCCCUCAUUCCCCCUCUCCUCUCCUACUCCCAACUACUAUAAUGGAAGUCCAAGACAAGCCUUUUUUUUCAGCUCUGGUCCAUGCUUAAGAGGCAUCAGGCUGCGUUCCAGUUCUCCCUAGCAGGCUGCGGCCCUGCCAGGAAGAACAAGUAAAAAGCUAAUCUGUGAAAUGCCACGAGAGAGGGCAAUAUAGCACAGUCCAUUGGGUCCAUCACUGAGGAGAGGAGAGGAUGGUGCCCCUCACUGGGGUAAGGCCUGUAGGAUGCUUGGCUGCUGAAAAGGAAGAGGUGUUAGGGUAGGGAUGUACGUACGUACAGUGGUGUAGUACUACAGAUGUGUAGUGGUUAGGCACAUGGUCUUCCUGGGAGAUUCAGUAGCUAGUCAAAAUGAAUUUCACCUGCGGAGAUUUUACAGCCCAAUGUCUCUGUCUCCAGAAGGCUGAGUGGUACCUGAGGCGCCAUAAGCAGGAGCUUGAGCUACUAAUGGUCGGCAGUGAGAACAUGCACGUGGAGCUUACAGAGGGGGUGAGUAGUACAAUGAUGACCAAUGGCAACGUAGCCUCUUAUUUGAAAUCUUUGGGCUGUCUCUAAAACUUGUACGUAUGAAGCGUCUCAGAGUAGGAGCGCUGAUUUAGGAUCAGUUUUACUUUUUAGAUUACAACAUGAAUAAGAUAGAAUGGAUGGAGGAGGGCUGAUCAUAGAUCAGCACUCCUACUCUGAGACACUCUGAGAUUCAUACAGUAUGUAGUACAGUAACAGGUGCCUGGUAGUUCCACCAUUACUCCCUCAGUACACAGCACCACCUGGUGGCCAUGAUGGAUAACCAUUGGUGCUGGAUCUGCAUCAUUUCCAUAUUGUGGAAAUAUUCUGAUCUGUCAGUGUUUUACCUUAUGUUGUAGCAUUACUGGACCAGCACAGGUGGCAGAGAGGAUUCUAACAGGUGAGCAAGCCCUGAAAUAUCCCCUUGGAAAUGUUCAAUAGUUAUAUGAAAAGGCCUGUAUAAUAUUACAAAAAUUAAUUGUGUAGCUUACAAAGAUAUGAUGAUGCGUUUUACAUAGACCACUUCAACAUGUGGUACUUUGAACUGCAAUACUUUGUGUUGUAUAAGAUAGCACUGACAUCUACUGGAUACUUCCAGUAUGGCAGCCUAUAUGAUCUCACUAGUCUCGUAGUUACUCCCAUAUAAAAGACCUUGGCAAAAUGACGAGAGGCAAAGAAAGGUGUGUUUCAGCUGUAGUGAUGGUCUCAGCCUUAUUUAAAUGAACCAUAUGUACUGACCAUACUCUGUUUUUCCAUUCCCCCUGCAGGAUCCCUUCUGGUACUGAUGGAUGGAUGGAGUACGUACCCAUAUCAGAGAAGAAGAACUUCACCCUGGCCCCACCACAGGAGCUUAGAGAAGGUACGACGACAUCCUCUGUUCUCUUCACAACUGCUCAAAUGUAUUGGAAUUAUUAAAUUAGAGUUGACAAAGACAUAAGCAAAAAAGGUAAUGCCUCAAAAUUGUACCAUUUGUCGAUAAGUGGAAAGCAAAAGUGAACUAUGAAGGGUUGCCCAUAGGAUGGGAUGUAGAGAUGUGUAAACAACAGCAGUACUCUGAUUAAGGUAUCCCAUAGAGAAGGGGUUCCCAUAGAGAAGGGGUUCCCAAGCCUUUUCACUCCCCCCCCCCCCCCCCCCCCCCCCCCCCCCCCCCCCCCUGAAAACUGAUGAUGCACUACCCAAUUUCGAAAUUGCACCUUUUGUGUUCUACUAUGACAACCGUUAAGAGUAAGUUGAAAGCUGGAUGAGUUCCUUUUUUAGGGGGGGGGGCAAAGAGGGGUUAACACGUUUCCUAAUCAUCUGUACUGGUGUGUGUGUUCUGUAGGAGGCCCCCUGUUGUAUGACAGUGUGCAGCUGGUCCAGGAACUCACAGGCCCUGAACGGAACUCAGAGGGUUCUCCUGGAUGAUGUCAUGUCUGUGGACGAGUGCGCUGAGCUCAAAAACCUAGCCCAUGUAAGAUAACUGAUAUUAAACAGUAGAUUUUAUGUGAAUGUAAUACUUAUUUUUAAUUUUAUAAUAUGUACAAUGGGAAUAGUAUCGAUGUAUACACUGUGUGUACACAGUGACUGAGUUUAUCAGGAAGUGCAUAGAGGAUGUUGUUCCUACUGUGACGAUUAGAAGUUAUCCAUACCAAAAACCGUGGAUAGAUGGCAGCAUCCGCACAAAACUGAAAGUGCGAACCACUGCAUUUAACCAUGGCAAGGUGACUGGGAACAUGGACAUGUACAAACAGACCAGCUAUGACCUCUGUAAGGCAAUCAAAGAGACAAAACAACAGAACAGGGACAAAGUGGAGUAACAAUUCAACGGUUUCAGACACGAGACGUAUGUGGCAGGGACUACAGACAAUUACUGACUAUAAAGGGAAAGCCAGCCACGUCGCGGACACUGUCGCCUCGCUCCCAGACGAGCUAAACACCUUCUUCUCCCGCUUCGAAGGAAAACAACACCGUACCGCUGACGCGGGCCCCCGACGCUCACGAGGACUGUGUGCUCCCGAUCUCUGUGGCCAACGUAAGACCUUCAAGCGUGUUAACCCUCGCAAGGCUGCCGGCCCAGAAGGCAUCCCUAGCCGCGUUCUCAGAGCAUAUGCAGACCAGCUGGCUGGAGUGUUUACGAACAUAUUCAAUCUCUCCCUAUCCCAGUCUGUUGUCCCCACUUGCUUCAAGAUGUCCACCAUUGUUACUGUAACCAAGAAAGCAAAGUUAACUGAACUAAAUGACUAUCACCCUGUAGCACUCACUUCUGUCAUCAUGAAGUGCUUUGAGAGGCUAGUUAAGGAUCAUAUCACCUCCACCUUACCCGACACCCUAGACCCACUACAAUUCGCAUACAGCCCCAACAGAUCCACGGACAACGCAAUCGUCAUUGCACUGCCCAAUGCCUUAUUACACGUGGACAAGAGAAAUACCUAUGUAAGAAUGCUGUUCAAUGACUACAGCUCAGCCUUCAAUACCAUAGUGCCCUCCAAGCUCAUUACAAAGUUCAUGGCCCUGGGUCUGAACUCCUCCCUAUGCAACUGGGUCCUGGACUUCCUGAUGGGCCGACACCAGGUGGUGAAGGUAGGCAACAACACCUCCUUGACACUGAUCCUCAACACGGGGGCCCCACAGGGAUGCGUGCUCAGCCCCCUGCUGUAAUCCCUGUUCACCCACGACUGCGUGGCCACGCACGGCUCCAACUCAAUCAUCAAGUUUGCUGACGACAACAGUGGUAGGUCUGAUUACCAACAAUGACGAGACAGCCUCCAGGGAGAAGGUGAGGGCACUGGUGCAGUGGUGCCAGAAAAAUAACCUCAACGUCAACAAAACGAAGGAGUUGAUGGUGGACUACAGGACACAGCAUAGAGAGCCCACCCACAUCGACGGGGCCAUAGUGGAGAAGGACAAAAGCUUCAAGUUCCUCGGCGUACACAUCACUGAGGACCUGAAAUUGUCCCUUCACAACGACAGCGUGGUGAAGAAGGCGCAACAGCGCAUCUUCAACCUCAGGAGGCUGAAGAAAUUUUACUUGGCCCCUAAGACCUUCAUCAACUUAUACAGAUGCACCAUUGAGAGCAUUCUGUUGGGCUGUAUCACCGCCUGGUACGGCAACUGCACCGCCCGCAACCGCAGGGCUCUCCAUAGGGUGUUGCGGUCAGCCCAACGCAUCACCGGGGGGCACACUGCCUGCCCUCCAGGACAUCUACAGCACCCGGUGUCACAGGAAGGCCAAAAGAUCAUCAAGGACCUCAGCCACCCGAGCCACAGCCUGUUCACCCCGCUGCUAUCUAAAAGGCAGAGACAGUACAGGUGCAUCAAAGCUGGGACCGAGAGACUUCAUAUGUAUAUACUGUAUUCUAGUCAAGGCUCAUCCUAUAUAACUACUGCUGUACACACCUUUUCUAUUCACAUAUUGUCCAUACUGUAUAUACACACCAUUCACAUACAUACACUACAUGACCAAAGUAUGCGGACACCUGCUUGUCGAACAUCUAAUUCCAAAAUCAUGGUCCCCCCUUUGCUGCUAUAACAGCGUCCACUCUUCUGGGAAGGCUUUCCACUAGAUGUUGGAACAUUGCUGCAGGGACUUGCUUCCAUUCAGCCACAAGAGCAUUAGUGAGGUCGGGCACUGAUGUUGGGUGAUUAGGCCUGGCUCGCAGUCGGCGUUCCAAUUCAUCCCAAAGGUGUUCGAUGGGGUUGAGGUCAGGGCUCUGUGCAGGCCAGUCAAGUUCUUCCAUACCGAUCUCAACAAACCAUUUCUGUAUGGACCUCGCUUUGUACACGGGGCAUUGUCAUGAUGAAACAGAAAAGGGCCUUCCCCAAACUGUUGCCACAAAGUUGGAAGCACAGAAUCGUCUAGAAUGUCAUUGUACGCUGUAGCAUUAAGAUUUCCCUUCACUGGAACUAAGGGGCCUACCCCGAACCAUGAAAAACAACCCUAGACCAUUAUUCCUCCUCCACCAAACUUUACAGUUGGCACUAUGCAUUAAGUCAAGUAGCGUUUUCCUGGCAUCCGCCAAACCCAGAUUCGUCCUUCAGACUGCCAGAUGGUGAAGCGUGAUUCAUCACUCCAGAGAACGCGUUUCCAUUGCUCCAGAGUCCAAUGGCAGCGAGCUUUACACCACUCCAGCCGACGCUUGGCAUUGCGCAUGGUGAUCUUAGGCUUGUGUGAGGCUGCUCGGCCAUGGAAACCCAUUUCAUGAAGCUCCCGACUAACAAUUAUUGUGCUGACGUUGCUUCCAGAGGCAGUUUGGAACUCGGUAGUGAGUGUUACAACCGAGGACAGACGAGCUACGUGCUUCAGCACUCGGCGGUCCCGUUCUGUGAGCUUGUGUGGCCAACCACUUCCCGGCGGAGCUGUUGUUGCUCCUAGACAUUUCCAUUUCACAAUAACAACACUUACAGUUGACCGGGGCAGCUCUAGCAGGGCAGAAAUUUGACGAACUGACUUGUUGGAAAGGUGGCAUCCUAUGACGAUGCCACUUUGAAAGUCACUGAGCUCUUCAGUAAAGCCAUUCUACUGCCAAUGUUUGUCUAUGGAGAUUGCUUUGCUUUGUGCUCGAUUUUAUACACCUGUCAGCAACCGGGUGUGGCUGAAAUAGCCGAAUCCACUAAUUUGAAGGGGUGUCCACACACUUUUGUAUAUAUAGGGUAGAUAUUUAUAUUCUGGACUCUGGUCCGGAAGCUAAAUUCCUGCAAUUCUAUCAAUUUUUUCCAUUGGGUUUUGUACUGUGUAUUUAAAUAGUGUAUUCUCCACAUAGCUCCUUCUGUUAUUUCUACUGCUGUACAUUGCAUUUUAGUUGUCUGUUUAUACACACCACAUAUUUAUUUAUGUACUGGAUUCUUGACUUAGCUCACUAUAAUAUAUGUACUGCUGUACAUAUCAUUCCUAGUAUAUAUUGUGUAAAUUCAUCCGGUGCCCUCUGUAAUUUUUGGGACAGUGAAGCAUUUUUUCUUCUUUUGGCUCUAUACUGAAAAUCAAAUCAAACAAUGACUAUGUGGUUAAAGUGCAGACUGUCAGUUUUAAUCUGAGGGUAUUUUCAUCCGUAUCGGGUGAACCGUUUAGAAAUGACAGCACUUUUUGUACAUAGUCCCUCCAUUUUAGGGGAGCAAAAGUAUUGGGACAAAUUCACUUGUGAAUAUGUUUCUAAACACUUCUACAUGAAUGUGGAUGCUACCAUGAUCACGGAUAAUCCUGAAUGAAUCGUGAAUAAUGAUGUGAGAAAAUUACAGAUGCACAAAUUUCAUAGCCCCAAAACAUGCUAUCCUCUCACCAUUACAAUAACAGGGGAAGAUAGCAUUUUGGUGGGGGUAUGAUAUAUCGUCUGUAACUCUCUCACUCAUCAUUAUUCACGAUUCAUUCAGGAUUAUCCAUAAUCAUGGUAGCAUCCACAUUCAUGUAGAAGUGUUUACAAACAUAUUCUAUUCUUAUUUACAAUAAAAGUGACUCCAAAAUGACACAAUACAUUAUUUACCAUUCAUUUCUAUUGGGAACAAAAUCAUCUGAAACACAACCAAAACAAACAGCAAAUGCAUCCAACAAAUGUGUAGAGUCACAAGCUUGAUGUAAUCAUUGUGUGUUAUGAAUAUGGGACCAAAUAAUUAACUUUUUACUACUUUAAUACACAUAUAAGUGAAUUUGUCCCAAUACUUUUGGUCCCCUAAAAUGGGGGGACUAUGUACAAAAAGUGCUGCAAUUUCUAAACGGUUCACCUGAUAUGGAUGAAAAUACACAAAUUAAAUCUGACAGUCUGCACUUUAACCUCAUAGUCAUUGUUUGAUUUCAAGUAUAGAGCCAAAAUAAUAAACAAUCCUUCACUGUCCCAAUAAUUACGGACUGCACUGUACGUAUAGAUAUACAUUUUACAUUUACAUUUUAGUCAUUUAGCAGACGCUCUUAUCCAGAGCGACUUACAGUUAGUGAAUACAUAUUUUUUUAUACUGGCCCCCCGUGGGAAUCGAACCCACAACCCUGGCAUUGCAAACGCCAUGCUCUAUCAACUGAGCUACGUCCCUGCCGGCCAUUCCCUCCCCUACCUUGGACGACGCUGGGCCAAUUGUGCGCCGCCCAUGAGUCUCCCGGUCACGGCCGGCUGCGACAGAGCCUGGAAUUCGAACCAGGGUCUCUAGUGGCACAGUUAGCACUGCGAUGCAGUGCCUUAGACCACUGCGCCACUCAGGAGUUAUCAUUUGGAUUACUGUUACAGUGCUAUUUAGUUUAAUUGUAUUCGUUCCGAUAUGUCAAGAUUUCUUUAUUUUAUUAUUUGUGAACUUGUUUGACAUUUUACUGCAUUGUUAGGAUCUAGUAACAUAAGCAUGUGGCUGCACCUGCUAUAACAUCUGAUAAACUGUGUAAGCGACCAAUAAACCUGUAUUUGAUUUGUGUUGUAACAUGUGUUUACAUUUACAUAGUCAUUGACACAUUAUCAUUGUCAUGAGUGCAGGGGUUUACGCGUCUCUGUGUUUGGUCUACAGACUGUCACUAUGGCAGGAGAUGGAUACCGAGGGAAGAUGUCUCCUCACACACCCAACGAAAAGUUUGAGGGAGCCACUGUGCUGAAAGCACUGCAGGUAAGCAAGCGUCUAUACAGAGAGACACAUUGGAGGAGAUAAAAUGAGCCUCAGUUUGAAACCAGAUAGUAAUGAUUACAGUAUGAACACUUAAUUUGUAUUGCCCUUUUCAUAUAACAAUCUCUCAGUAUCCUUUUCUUGAAGUUAUCAAAAAGUCACUCCUUCAGUACCUUAGUAGGCAACUAGAGAAUAUUUUCAGUUCCUUAUCAGACAACAUGCAGAGUGAAUAUUUCAACCAUGUUUAUACCAUCUUUAUAAUGUUUUACCAUGUUUCUACUGUUUUACCAUAUUUCUACUGUUUCUACUGUGUUUCUCCAGUGUGUUUCUCCAGUGUUUCUACUGUUGUUUCUACAUGUCUACUGGUUUCUACUGUGUUCUACGUGUUUCUACUAUGUUUCUACUGUGUUUCUACCGUGUUUCUACUGUGUUUCUACUGUGUUUCUACUGUGUUUUACCAUGUUUCUACUGUGUUUUGUUUCUACCAUGUUUCUACUGUUUUACCAUAUUUCUACUGUUUCUACUGUGUUUCUCCAGUGUGUUUCUCCAGUGUUUCUACUGUUUUGUUUCUACUAUGUUUCUACUGUGUUUCUCCAGUGUUUCUACUGUGUUUUGUUUCUACCGUGUUUCUACUGUGUUUCUACCGUGGUUCUACUGUGUUUCUACCGUGUUUCUACCGUGUUUCUACCGUGUUUCUACUGUGUUUCUACUGUGUUUCUACCGUGUUUCUACUGUGUUUUACCAUGUUUCUACUGUGUUUUGUUUUUACCAUGUUUCUACUGUGUUUUACCUUCAGUAUGGCUAUGAAGGCCGUGUCCCUCUGAGGAGCGCUCGUCUGUUCUAUGACGUCAGCGAGAGGGCCAGGCGCAUCAUCGAGUCUUACUUCCUGCUCAACUCAACACUUCACUUCUCCUACACACACCUGGUGUGCCGGACUGCCAUCACAGGUGAGCCAAUUUCCCAUCACAGUUGAGCCAAUUUCCCAGUGACUGCCAUCACAGGUGAGCCAAUUUCCCAUCACAGGUGAGCCAAUUUCCCAGUGACAAUGUCUUGUUCUAGAGGAUUUGUUUGACAUUGCAGGCAUCUGUUAAAUGACUGAUCUACAAAUCACCUUGCAUCAUACAUAACUUCUCUUUAUUGUACAUCAGUCACAAUUUACCCACAAUGCAUCACAUAAUUGAUGCUCUCAAACAUGCCCAUUGAUUAUGGUAUCAAUAUAUCUGUGGUUGAGUUCCUGCCCGACUAGAUUUGUAGGCAUUGCAUUGCAUCAACUAAUUGUCGCGUUCCAUGUCAUCGACGGUGCUGUCGAGCAUCAGAUGGCUAUGACAUAUGAUGUGGUUAGCUGAUAUGUUAAAUACCAAUCCAGGCGUUGUAAGAUCUGGCAUGCAUCUGCAAUGUAGUCAGCCAGGAACUUGACCCUUAUCAACCUUUCCUUAUAGUGUCAUAUAACUUUGAACAUCAUGUGACUGUGAGUUUGAGCAUGUAGGUUUAGUCACAUUUGGUUCAGUUUGGCUCUGUGUAGGUUAAGUAAACUUAGUCUAUGUUUUGUGCGGUUUUGUGGUUAGUAAAGUUUGUCUUCGUUUGGUUCUAUUUGGUGUUUAUAAAGUUGAUCUCUGUUUGGUUCAGGGCAACAGGACCAUAGAAAUGACCUGAGCCAUCCUAUCCACGCUGACAACUGUCUGUUAGACCCAGAGGCCAAUGAGUGCUGGAAAGAACCACCAGCCUACACCUACAGAGACUACAGGUUAGAGCUUAUACCUAGCUCUGGUCCAGUGAAUAGGUUUCAAUGUAGUUAUAAUGUAUCUUAGGCUUAGCUCUGGUCCACGGCUAAGCUGCUUCCUAAUUACACUGAACAAAAAUAGAAAAAACGCAACAUGCAACAAUUUCAAAGAUUUUACAGGCGACACAUCUCCUUCACAUAGAGUUGAUCAAGCUGUUGAUUGUGGCCUGUGGAAUGUUGUCCCACUCCUCUUCAAUGGCUGUGUGAAGUUGCGGGAACUGGAACAUGCUGUCGUACACGUCGAUCCAGAGCAUCCCAAACAUGCUCACUGGGUGAAAUGUCUGGUGAGUAUGCAGGCCAUGGAAGAACUGGAACAUUUUCAGCUUCCAGCAAUUGUGUACAGAUCCUUGCGACAUGGGGCUGUGCAUUAUCAUGCUGAAACAUGAGGUGAUGGUGGCGGAUGAAUGGCAUGACAAUGGGCCUCAGGAUCUCAUCACGGUAUCUCUGUGCAUUCACAUUGCCAUCGAUAAAAUGUGAUUAGUGUUCGUAUCUUAUGCCUCCCCAUACCAUAACCCCACUGACACCAUGGGGCACUCAACAACGUUGACAUCAGCAAACCGCUCGCCUACAUGACGCCAUACACGCUGUCUGCCAAAUGCCCGGUACAUUUGAAACCGGGAUUCAUCUGUGAAGAGCACACUUCUCCAGCGUGCCAGUGGCCAUUGAAGGUGAGCAUUUGCCCACUGAAGUCGGUUACGGCGCCGAACUGCUGUCAGGUCAAGACCCUGGUGAGGACGACGAGCACGCAGAUGAGCUUCCCUGAGACGGUUUCUGACAGUUUGUGCAGAUAUUCUUCGGUUGUGCAAACCCACAGUUUCAUCAGCUGUCCGGGUGGCUGGUCUCAGAUGAUCCCGCAGUUGAAGAAGCCGGAUGUGGAGGUCCUGAGCUGGCGUGGAUACACAUGGUCUGCGGUUGUGAGGCCGGUUGGACGUACUGCCAAAUUCUUCUGAUCAUGCUGUUUAAUCAGCUUCUUGGUAUGCCACACCUGUCAGGUGGAUGGAUUAUCUUGGCAAAGGAGAAAUGCUCACUAACAGGGAUGUAAACCAAUGUAUGCACAACAUGUUUGAGAAAUAUGUUUUUUGUGCAUAUGGAACAUUUCUGGGAUCUUUUAUUUCAGCUCAUGAAACAUGGGACCAACACUUUACAUGUUACGUUUAUAUUUUUGUUCAGUAUACAUUGAAAUCUACUCAUGCUACCAAUGUCACCAUACUAUACCAUUAUCUAGUGUUCAAUAGGCAUGGCUAGUAUACAUCUCCAAUGGUUUUCAUUGUGUUCUCAGUGCUCUGUUGUACCUGAAUGGAGACUUUGAGGGAGGGGAGUUCAUCUUCACAGAAAUGGAUGCCAAAACAGUCACAGUGAGUCCUCUCCUGAGAAUGGACAUUUUUGGUGGCAGUAUUUCCUGACAUUUUUAUCUUAUUACUAUCUUACCCUUUCUUUGUACUUUUGCAUGGCAAGUUUCUGUCAUUUGGAACCUAGUCUAUAUAAAGUUGGAGUUUUCCACAUCCAAUGUGAUCCCAAAACAACAGUCAGUACUGACCAUGUUCUCCUCCUCCUCUUCCCCCAGGCUCAGGUGAAGCCACAGUGUGGUCGUAUGGUGGGCUUCUCGUCUGGAGGGGAGAACCCCCAUGGGGUGAGGGCCGUCACCAGGGGGCAGAGGUGUGCCGUGGCCCUGUGGUUCACCCUGGACCCCCUCUUCAAAGAACUGGUAAACUGUCAUGAUGACCCCAUCUAUCAUUAUGUCUUCCAUAGUCACACAUAUAGAGGAUAGUACAUCAUGCUAUGUACAUGUUUAUUAUUGCUUUUUAUUUAGGAAUAUGAUUAUUGGUAUUUGUUUAGGAGGAUGUUUAUUGGUAUUUAUUUAGGAAGAUGUUUUGUUGGUAUUUGAUUAGGAAGAUGUUUAUUGCUAUAUAUUUAAGAAGAUGUUUAUUGCUAUAUAUUUAGGAAGAUGUUUAUUGCUAUAUAUUUAAGAAGAUGUUUAUUGCUAUAUAUUUAGGAAGAUGUUUAUUGCUAUAUAUUUAGGAAGAUGUUUAUUGCUAUAUAUUUAGGAAGAUGUUUAUUGCUAUAUAUUUAGGAAUAUGUUUAUAUCAUGAUACAUUAUUCCUCUUUUUUCUCCCCCACACCCCCCUCUCUCCUCCAGGAGCGUCUACAGGCUGAUGAGGUGGUGCAGGCAUUGGACAACCAGAGCAGCCAAUCAAAGUGGGACACGAGCCUCAACAUCAACCCCAAAGAUGAGCUGUAG